AUGCCGCCGAGUGGGCGCAAGCGUCGGGACCGCGGGGUGCAGUUCAUCCGGAGCAACCUCGAGCUGCUGGGCUUUGGCAGUCGGCGCGACGCGCUCGUCCAAGCUGUCAAGGAGCUCUUUGAGAACGCACUGGACGCAACGCAGUCCCUCGGAGACUGCGACGUCGUAUGGGCCGACGCGCCGCUCGAGCUCCUCCGGGUCCGCGUCGCGCUGAACAAAGAGAGGGAAACGAUUGACAUUGUGUGCGCAGACACGGGCUCGGGCAUGCGCGCGCACCAGGUCAAGCUUUUGUGCUGCAGCGCUUUCGAGACGACAAAGGUGGACAGAGAGGGACACGGAGGCCGUACGAGCGGGAAAUACGGACUAGGGCUCAAGGCCGCCAUGCUGUACAGUCAAUUGCACGCGAGCGACGCGUGUUUAAAGGUCGCGACAACGUCUCAGUCCGACGGGAUCUUGUACGUGCAGCUCCGCAUUGAUGCGGACUCUGAGGAGACUGCAGUCGUGAAGCAAGUGAUGCAGUUUGUGGUCAACGAGGAGCAUCAGCACUUUUCCGGGACGGAAGUGCGUCUAUCUGUUCCAUGUCCAGAACAGAUGAUGGACCUACAGAGCGCCGCCGAGACACUAGCCAUGUACUUUCAGAGUCUGCGGUACACGGCGCCGCCGUUUCUUGGCGUGCAGUUCGACUUUAGCGUCGGGGAAGUAUCCAGGUCAAUCACCUGCGAGCACCGUGAAGAGCCGAUUGACCGGUUUGCUGCUGACGUGGGCGCAAGUGCAGACGAUGUUGUGUAUGCUGUUCACGACUGGGAAUCGGUCUCGAUCAGCUGUGUGGCGCUCAUGCUUGGAGACGUGCAAGUCGGUGGAACCGAGCCUGACAUGGAGAUCAGUCUGCUUCGCUUUGCCAACCACGCUCCGCUGAUCAAUGGCGAGGACUUUUUUCUAUGCGGAAUCACCAAAGGCGUCUGCACGGCGAAGCUGUGGAAAAAGUUUGGGCUUCGCUGCCAGCGAAAUUCCUCAAAGCUCGCGAAUCAGCUAAUUGCCACGCCGUUGCGGGCCACGAUGCAACGGGAGGACGCAGACAAAUCCCGCUCCAAUCGGCUUGUCGUAGCUGUCGACAUUUGUAUUGCAGAUACUGCAGUCGGAGAAGGGAUUAAGUAUGGCAGCUUGAGGAAGAGCACAUUGGACGCGUGCUACGCAGAUGGGGUGCGGACUUGCUGUCAAAGCAUUUUGCAGCAACUCGCCGACGAUGGACGCUUGUGCUCUCCACAGCAACGACAAGAUCACGACCUGGUCGAGAAUCUGGCACCGUUGAUCGCAAAGUCGCUCACGACUAUUGCCACGCAAUUCAACGUGCAACAAUCUGUCGACAAGGCGUCGUCGCAGCUUGAACGUGAUUGGCAAGGGCAAUGCAAUGAGGGACUUAUCCUGCAAGAGCUUCGAUCGGCCCUACAAAACCGGUAA